GCUGAUAGCUAUUGUGGAUAUAUCUGCACUAAACAGAUUGUUCCUUUGCUUAAAAUAGGAUUAUAAAAGAAAAUGGAGAUGGAGCAAACUGAUGCUCCUUAUGACUACUACGAAUACGAUGAAGCAGAAAACUCCACCAUGUGUGACUAUUCUGAGUGGACACCGUCGUACUCCGUCAUCCCCGUCCUCUACAUGCUUAUUUUCAUCCUUGGCCUCUCAGGAAACGGGGUGGUGAUCUUCACCGUGUGGAGGGCUCAGGGUAAGCAGCGAGCUGCCGACGUCUACAUCGGCAACCUGGCCCUGGCCGACCUCACAUUCGUGGUCACUCUGCCUCUGUGGGCCGUUUACACCGCCAUGGGCUACCACUGGCCCUUCGGAGUGGCCCUGUGCAAGAUCAGCAGCUACGUGGUCCUGCUCAACAUGUACGCCAGCGUCUUCUGCCUCACCUGCAUGAGCUUCGACCGCUACCUGGCCAUCGUCCACUCCUUGUCCAGCACCCAGCUGCGCACCCGUGGCCACACGCAAACCUGCCUGACAGCCAUCUGGCUGCUGUCUGGCCUCCUGGCAGCCCCGACUCUGGUCUUUCGCACCACCAUAGAUGAUCCAGCCAACAACCGCACCUCCUGUGCCAUGGACUUCAGCCUGGUGAUGACGAGGAAAGAUCAGGAGAACCUGUGGAUCGCCGGUCUCAGCAUCUCCUCCUCAGCUCUGGGCUUCCUUCUGCCUUUCUUGGCGAUGAUGGUGUGUUACGGCUUCAUCGGCUGCACCGUCACCCGCCACUUCAACACCCUGCGCAAAGAGGACCAACGUAAGAGGAGGCUGCUGAAGAUCAUCACCACGUUGGUGGUGGUGUUUGCCGCCUGCUGGAUGCCCUUCCACAUCGUGAAGAGCGCUGACGCCCUCUCCUACCUGGAGUUGUUUCCUGCCACCUGCGCUUUCCUGCGCUUCCUGCUGCUGGCUCACCCCUACGCCACAUGCCUGGCCUACGUCAACAGCUGCCUCAACCCCUUUCUCUACGCCUUCUUCGACCUGCGCUUCAGAUCCCAGUGUCUGUGCUUGCUCAACCUGAAGAAGUCCCUGCAUGCGAGUCCCGCCAGCUCCCUGUCCUCUCAGAAGACAGAGGCUCAGUCUCUGGCCACAAAGGUGUGACGACAGCUGAGGGCCCAGAUGCAUGCUGGGGAAGAGGUGAACAAUGCAGAAUAAUGCAGGUAAAUCAAAACUAUACAGCGCUGUGUGCUCGCUCACAGAUCGGGUCCUUGGUCCCUUUCAGCGUGUCACCUUUGCUCCUCUCUGACUCUGUGGACUGCUGUGGCUGUUUGCCUGAAGCCGACAGUCAGGCUUGUGGUUUCGGGGUCUGACCACACUCAAACUCCGGAGCAGGGGUGCAAAACUGAACUAUAUACUACGAGGGACCAAGCAUAAGCCAGACUUUUUGAAAAAGUGGAAUGUAUUUUUAAAAGGAACACAUGCUCCUGUGGUUCUCCUGUGGACUUUUAUGCAAAAUACUGAGCUUUUGAAUGUCAAGUCACACAUUUGCCCCUGCUGUUCUUGAUUUCAUUUGUAAGCACUUGAGGUGUGACAUAUACCAGACUACCCCACUCUCGGUCCAAACUGUAGUAUCUGCGUCACAGCCAGCAGUGUUACAUGUGUGUUUAUGUGUAGAAAUGGGUGUGCCGGUCCGUAAGAGGUGUCGGAGUCUGAUAAGAGUGUAAGGAGAGAUGGAGAUAGUGGGAGAGAGGGGAUGGGGGGAGGGGGGAUCCCAGACAGACAGACAGAUGGCAGCUGACAAAUGUUUCCAGGCUGGCGGUGGAGGGCCCAAUUAAAAGGUGACUGCAUUGACAGUCUGCAGUUGUGUGAGUGUGUGUGUAUGUGAAGGAAUGAGUUUGUUUAUUGAGCGUCAGAACGGCAAUAAAUUUGUUCAUGACAAAUAAGCAUUUUUUGUGAAUACACAUCAUUUUGAAUUGAUUGUCUAUGAUUUGUAAUAAAAAAAAGUGCUUUGAAA